AAAAAUAUUUUUCCGUGGCCAUAUUUUUAUAUACUUCCGGGUUUUUUGACCGUACUUGAGACUCAAACCUUACUGUUUAUAAAUUCAGCUAGGUCAAUUGUAGCAAGAAGUUGAAUCAAGUUGUCAUACAACUAUAUAUUGUAAUAAUGAUGAAUGAUGUUGAUGAGCGAAAUCUUUUGGAUGAUGCUGAUGAGCAAAAUCUUUUGGAUAAUGUCAAUAAAAAGAAUCUUUUAAAUGAAGAUGAGAAAAAGAGGUCAGAAAGUGCUAAAUCAAUUGAUUUAAGUGAUAAUUCAUUAUUGGUUGAUAUAUCUGAUGCUCUAAGUGAAAAAGAGAAAGUCAAGUUUACUGUUCACACAAAGACUGUUCUACCAGAAUUUCAAGGGACUGAUUUUUCUGUCAUUCGAGAACAUGAAGAAUUUAUAUGGUUGCAUGAUAGAUUUGUAGAAAAUGAAGACUAUGCUGGCAUUGUUAUUCCUCCUCCACCACCAAGGCCAGACUUUGAUGCAAGUCGUGAAAAAUUACAAAAGUUAAGCGAAGGUGAAGGUACAAUGACAAAGGAAGAAUUUCAAAAAAUGAAACAAGAACUUGAAUCUGAGUACCUUGCUACAUUUAAAAAAACAGUUGCCAUGCAUGAAGUCUUUCUUACAAGACUGGCUGCACAUCCUGUGUUACGCAAUGAUCAUAACUACAGAGUGUUUCUUGAAUACAAAGAAGAUCUAAGUGUUCGAGGAAGAAACACAAAAGAUUUCUUAAAAGGUAUUGCAAAAGGUAUUGCAAAAGGAGUUGAUGAAAAACUACUAUUAUCUGGACAAAAGGACAUAGAUGAGUUUUUUGAAAAUGAAAAAAAAUUUCAAGUUGACUUUUUUAACAGAAUUAAAGACGCUGCUGCAAAAUGUGACAAAAUGACUAGUACUCAUAAAAAAAUGGCAGAUGCAAUAAUAAAAAUUGCAGCUGAACUAGGGGAAAUGGGAACUAGUGAAAAUUCCAAUCUUCAUUCAGUUUUAACAAAAGCAUCAGAGUCUCUGGAGAAAUUAAGGAAACUCGAAGGACGUAUGGCAACUGAUGAGGAUUUAAAAUUAGGUGACCUGCUAAAGUACCAUAUGCGAGACACAGAGGCAGCUAAGGGACUUCUCUAUAGGCGUAUGAGGUCGCUUGCCAACUUAGAGAAUGCUAAUAAAAAUUUAGAUAAAGCUAGGGCUAAAAAUAAAGAUGUUAUGGCUGCUACUUCAAUGCAACAAACAGCCAAUGAAAAGUUUGUAGCACUAUCUGAUACAGCAAAAAUAGAACUAGCUGAUCUUAAGAAGAAAAAAGUUUCUCACUUUAGAAAAAAUCUUAUUGAGUUGGCGGAACUGGAACUAAAACACGCAAAGGCACAAGUAUCGUUGCUUAAUAGCAGUUUGGUUUCGCUACGAGAAAUGUGAUGGAUGUUCAACUCGUUUUUAUUUAUUAUUGGUUUUUUUAAAAUAUAUUAUCUUGUUUCAAUAUUAUUUUUAGUGAAUUGAAAAUUUUAUAGUCCUAUUGAGAGAUGUCAAACUAGAUUUUUUUUUUUUUUUUUAAGAAAAAUAAAAACCGAUCUAAGAAUUUUGUAAAUUUCUAUGAAGAUUUUGUAAUUGAACGUAAUAGUGAUAGUUAAUUACAAUCAUGUUUAUUAAAUAUUUCUUUUUGAUUAUUUUCUAAUUUUCGAUUUUGUUAUGUAAAUGUUAAUAAAUAUGUGCGACAGUUGUAUAUGGUAAUAAAUAUGUGCGACAGUUGUUUUCUUUUUGAAAUACAGAAAUUUUAUUUUGUUAA